AUCGCACCCAUCCUCAACACGAAAUGCUUGGCGAACUGAAUCUAACUCACGCUAUCCUCCCCGACUCCGUGCGUUUCGGUGAGGAGGCAUUUGCAUGCUCGGGCAUACAAGCGGGAUAAAUAACUCCACGACGAAGUAGGAAGGUCGUUGAAAGUGGAGAGUGCGCUCGCGUCGAGCAUGGUAAAGGAAGCACCACAAAGAGCCAACAUUUGCAAGUUCGGGAUUUACUUGUAAAGGCGCUUUCACUCGAGGUCGUGGAAUUAUCUGUGUGUAAACAUGCCUAUAAGAAGAGGUCACGUUGCGCCACAAAACACAUUCCUUGGAUUAAUUAUUCGGAAAUUCGAGGGUCAGAACCGGAAAUUUGUGAUAGCAAAUGCCAGGGUGGAGAACUGUGCAAUUAUAUACUGCAAUGAUGGCUUCUGUGAGAUGACAGGCUUCUCAAGACCAGACAUUAUGCAGAAGCCAUGCACCUGUGACUUCCUCCAUGGGGAUCUGACUGACAAAGAGGCCAUCGACCAGGUGUCGCAGGCAGUUCUUGGGUCUGAGGAGCGCAAGGUGGAGAUCACCUACCACCGUAAGGAUGGGACUGAUUUUCAGUGUAACAUUCACAUAAUCCCAGUGAAGAAUGAAGAAGGCACGGUGAUGAUGUUCAUCUUGAAUUUUGAUUACGUCGUGGAUGAGGGAAGUGAUCACUCCACCGAAAAUAUAAGCCCCACAUCCCCUACCAAAUCAGACCAAAGGAGAAGUAGAUUCUUCCGCUUCCGCCAGGCUGCUUUGAGCCUAAUGAAUACCAACAAGCAAUCUCUUCCGCAAGAGGACCCAGAUGCUGUGAUGGUGGACUCUCCCAAAGAGGAUGAGGACUCGGUGCCCCUGGAGAGCUUCCCAUCACCCACCAAGAGUAUUUGCAGUCCCGCUGAGGCCAAUGAUACACGUGCCCUCAUAGGCUCAAGUCACCACUCUUCCAAGGCCAGCAUCGGCCCUGAACCCCUUGACCAUUCAUCCCUUAAGCUCCCUUGGGAGAAGCUGUACCAGACAGAUAUACACCAGUCCUCUACCUCUCUGUCAAACACCUUCCCCAGAGGCAGCACCAGCAGCAUGAGGAGAGCCUCGUCCAUCCAUGAAAUUGAGGGCUAUAGCUCUAAUUCCAAAAGCAUAUUCAGGGAUCGUCAUACAAGUGAAGACAAUGGUAGCCAUGUCAGAGGCCCUUUUAACCAUGUGAAGUCAAGUCUGCUUGGCUCUACCUCUGAUUCAAACAUCAACAAGUAUAGUACCAUCAACAAGAUCCCUCUGAUUGCACUCAACUUCUCAGACAGGACCGAUAACAAGACUCAUUCUCCCCCAACAUCUGAGAAAACCAUCAUAGCACCAAAGGUCAAAGACAGAACUCACAAUGUCACAGAAAAGGUUACACAGGUCCUGUCACUUGGAGCUGAUGUGCUGCCAGAGUACAAACUCCAGACACCCCGCAUUGACAAGUUCACCAUCCUCCACUACAGCCCUUUUAAAGCUGUCUGGGACUGGCUGAUUCUGCUACUAGUUAUCUACACCGCUAUCCUCACUCCUUACUCUGCUGCUUUUCUUUUGAAUGACCAAGAGGAGCAGAGGAGGCGAGAAUGUGGAUACUCCUGCAGCCCUCUUAAUGUAGUGGAUUUAAUGGUGGAUAUUAUGUUCAUUAUUGACAUCCUCAUAAACUUCAGAACCACCUAUGUGAACCAGAAUGAGGAAGUGGUCAGCCAUCCAGGCAAAAUAGCAAUCCAUUACUUCAAAGGCUGGUUCCUCAUUGACAUGGUGGCAGCAAUCCCGUUUGACCUUCUUAUCUUUGGCUCAGGAUCUGAUGAGACAACUACUCUGAUUGGCCUGUUGAAGACAGCAAGGCUGCUGCGAUUGGUGCGCGUAGCCAGGAAGCUGGAUCGUUACUCAGAGUACGGAGCUGCAGUCCUGAUGUUGCUCAUGUGCAUCUUUGCCCUAAUUGCCCACUGGUUAGCCUGUAUAUGGUACGCCAUUGGCAAUGUGGAGAAGCCCUACUUGGAGCACAGGAUUGGCUGGCUAGACAAUCUGGGUGUGUCCAUUGGAAAGCGAUACAACUACAGUGAUCCUAACUCUGGUCCCUCGAUCAAGGACAAAUAUGUCACAGCACUUUACUUCACCUUCAGCAGUCUGACAAGUGUGGGCUUUGGAAAUGUUUCUCCAAACACCAACUCAGAGAAGAUCUUUUCCAUAUGUGUAAUGUUAAUUGGCUCCCUCAUGUAUGCCAGUAUUUUUGGAAACGUCUCUGCCAUCAUCCAGAGGUUGUACUCAGGGACAGCCCGCUAUCAUGCUCAAAUGUUACGGGUCAAGGAGUUCAUCCGCUUUCACCAGAUUCCCAAUCCACUGAGGCAAAGGCUAGAGGAGUACUUCCAGCACUCGUGGACCUACACUAAUGGAAUUGAUAUGAACACGGUGUUGAAAGGUUUUCCUGAGUGUCUGCAGGCAGAUAUUUGCCUUCACCUCAACAGAAAUCUUCUGCACAACUGCAAUGCUUUCCAAGGAGCUACUAAAGGCUGCUUGAGAGCUUUGGCUAUGCGCUUCAAAACCACUCAUGCACCUCCUGGAGAUACCCUGGUCCACGGUGGGGAUGUUCUUACUGCUCUCUACUUCCUGUCCCGUGGCUCCAUUGAGAUCCUUAAAGAUGACAUUGUGGUAGCUAUCUUGGGAAAAAAUGACAUCUUUGGAGAAAUGAUCCAUCUUUUUGCCAAGCCAGGGAAGUCCAAUGCUGACGUGCGAGCUCUGAGUUACUGUGACUUGAGCACCAUUCAGAGAGAAGAUCUGCUUGAGGUGCUUGAUAUGUACCCAGAGUUUGCUGACUUUUUCUUCAACAACCUGGAGCUUACUUUCAACCUUAGAGAUGAGUCUGUCAAGCCUCCUGAUACCCAAGGAUGCGAUUCAGAUGGUGAGGGCAAAAAAAGCAUGAAAAGGAGAAUCUCUUUCACACCAGAUCUAACCAAAGGGGAAGACAAGGAAGCAGUUAAAGACAGUCAAAAAGAGAAAGGGUCUAACUCGUGCCUAAAGAGAAGUUCAGUAGUCCUAGGUUCCUCCUCACUCUGUGUUCCAGUCCUGGAUUCUGAUCUUAUUGUCAGAGACAGCUUGAACAGAAGAACAUCUCUUGAAGAUCUGCGUUGUGAUAAAUGGGCCUGUAAUAAGCCUACGGACUACCCGGAUGAGUCAGCACAGUUCCAGGACCUGAGAGAGGACGAUAAUUCUGCCAGCGAAAUCACAUAUGGAGAGGUGGAACAACGCUUAGGUCAGCUGCAAGAGCACUUAAACAGGCUGGAGUCGCAGUUGACAUCAGAUAUUCAGACCAUCCUGCGGAUGCUGCAGAGACAGCCAACUCCAGGACCCCCUGCCUACAGCACUGUGACUGCCAGUCCAGACUAUCACAGGCCUGCUGUGAAGGUUCAGCCAGUUGCUCUGACUGCAAGCCAUUUUUUACGCCACACAGGAACUCAAGAACCCAGGCGGAAAUUGGAAAGCAGCAUUCAGGAAUCCAAAGACUCUGUGUCUAGCUUGGCAAUUGUGAAUGCUCCCAUGGAAGACAGCCUUACAAGAUUUUUUGAACAGAGACACACGGAGCCGCAGCAACAUCGACAACAGAUUACAACACAUCAGCAGGCAUCACUGAUCCCGCUUCAACCUGAAAUCUCUUCUGCUUCUACGUCACUUUCUGAGCCCAACCACAACACCACUGGACACCACAGACCUGUCUCAGACCCAGAGUUUCCAAGGCUGUAAACCUCUCAACAGCAAUGUAAUCAAAUAUCAGGGUUAUAAUGCUGUAAUUACAAAGUAGCACUUUCUUGUUUUUAUCAGCAUGCUGGUGCAGCCAUCUGUAUAGUUAAUUUACAGUGGCUUUUUAAUAGAAUUGAGAUUUUCAUUAAUUGUGCUUUGUGCAAAUAAGAAACAGAUUAAAUUUAUUAAUAUUAUCAGUCAUUUUCAGCCUAUGGAUUUACAUGCAGAUACCCAGCUAAAUCACUCUAAACCUAUUCAACUCAGUGAAGAUCAUUGCUGAAUGAGGACAGCUCUCCCUUAGCCAGCAUGUGUACAGUUUGUAAGCAAAGGAUGCUGGUUUGAGGGCUGGUUUUGGUUCUAACAGAAUUAACACCACAACAACAGAGCAGCUUUAUGCUUCACCAUCGGCCACUUGUACUUCAGCUUUUUAUGUUCCCACUCAGUCGAUCACACUGGAAUAGAUUAGAGUCAGCCAGAAGAACCUGCCCACAUAACCUGUCAUGAAAUGUGAUCCUCCCACCAGUGCAUCCAUAUGUCUCCAUUGACAACUUCAGUCACCAACCCAGGAAAGAAGACGUUACCUUGACAAUCAGACAUGUCUCAACCUUCCCUUCCUAAACAGAAAGAGCUGACUGACCUACCUCACUUAGAACAGGUCUUAUUGAACAACACUUCAGACAUCAGUGCAUCACAGCAAAUUUUUUCUUUUCUUAUAUUUGUGUGUGUGUGUGUGUCACUUGACUCUCCAACUACCAGGCCCUGAACACCACAACACAAUAGUCUACACAACAGAUGUAAUGUGGCUGGACAAGCCAGGAGAUCCCAAAAAUGACUCCCUAGUUAAGGGAUAUGGUAGAAAGGGGGUAUUUGGCAAGUGUCCACCAUGUUACCCAAAAUACAAGAUCUUACAGUCAAAGUAGACUGAAAAAAUCAAUCCUUUCAGGUCUAGUAGAUGGGGAAAGUAAGUGUAGUGGCAGCACCACACGAGUAGUCACAUAACCUCAUUUAAGUACAGAGUCAGACCCAAAGGAAAUACAAAAGUCUGCUGAUGAACAAGGGAACGGGUGUUGACCAUCAAACCACCACUAUAUAAACAUUUUUAUUCAUACUGCUUAGU